ACCCUUUCAUUGAGCCUGACCUAUUUCGCGCAGUGAUCGCUGCCGAUUUCUUUGACGGCACAAUAUUCACAGACAAUUCUGUUUCGUCGAAGACAGGGAAGAUGGCAGAAGCUACACACGAAAGAACAGUUGUCAUUGCUAUGGAUGGGAGUCAUUUCGCAGCGUAUGCGUUCGAAUGGUAUAUGGACAAUGCUCACCGGAAGACGGACUACGUGAUUUUCGUCCACACCCCUGAAUUCCAUAACGCCUUGUCUUCAUCUUCAAAUACGGACUAUGUGGAUCCCACCAGCAAUGUUGUGAUGGACAUGUACCGAGCAGAGCAAAAGAAGGCCAGGGAACUCGUGCAGAGUCUGGGGCAGCGGCUCAAGGACGCUGGGGUUAGUGGGAAGGUCAGAUGUGAAACGGGGUUCCCCGGCCAAGCGAUCGUGAAGGUUGCCGAGGAGGAGCAGGCAGUGUUCAUCGUGACGGGGUGUCGCGGACAGGGCACCGUCCGACGAACAUUAAUGGGUAGCGUCAGCGACUACAUCGUCCACCACUCUCAUGUGCCUGUUGUCGUGUGCCGUCACAAAGGUCACUAUACCAAACACGACUUUCACUCCUCCCACAAGAAGAACUGACGGGGAGACAACUGAAUGUUUUCUAACAUCGAAGCACGCACAUCGAAUUGAAAUGUACACCUCGGGCGUUCUUGCACAAUCAGUUUCCUAAACAGUUCUCUUGGUCCCUCCAGUAGUCCCCCUCGAUUAUCCAGUGUAAGCCAGUAACAGAAUGGAGACAUAGUAGUCUAGUAUUGCACUGGAAUAUCGAAGGUGCUUUUUGUCGUAGAAUGUAGAUUUGUUAAGCCAAUAGAAACUUUGUCAGUCCUCUCGCAGUCCAUGGGAGGUCGCGUCAGGGGAGCUUUCUAGUAAAUCAUUUGGCACUGAGAAAGUGAGUGAAACAUUUCCUCUAAAACGAUUUUGAGAGGGCAGUUACGAAUGUAAAUGACAAAUGCAGUUGUUAUAUUAUAUACACCAGGUCGUUUCUGAGCGCCUUUUUGAAGAAACCUAACUGUACAUCGAGGAAAUACAUGUGUUGUGAUGGAUUUCUUUGUUAAAAUCGAAACUUUAGCAUCGGGUGGGAAUAUAUAUGUAUGUCAGUAUCUGCAUGUCAA